CGGAGUACCUACCUGGUAGAGGUAUGCUUUCGACAAUCGACGCAGGCUGGUUGUUUCGUUGGUCUUGUACUUUUUCAUGACUCUCUGUUCUGUCCGGUUAGGGUUAUUCACGAGCGGGCUCGUGACUCGUCGCUGUCCUUCACAUUCCUUUCUCUCCAGCUCUUCAGUCUCCCACCGCAACACAUCACGUUCGGCCAUGCCUCCUCAAGACCCUCCCUCGUCCCCCUCCGCUUCCACCACCGACCAUAUCGCCUCUGCAACGACGGGCUAUACCACCUACACCAAUGCCGACCUCAUCUCUCGCAUCUCACACCUCGAAUCCCAGCUGCUUGAGCAGACAGCGCGCCUCGCAGCGCUCACCUCGUCCUCUUCGUCUCAGCAGCCCGCCAGCGGUACCUCGCACAAGCCUCUACGCCUCCAGUCACCGUCCCCGUCUCGGCGUGCCCGCCCCUUCGACCCCUCGCUGUACGCAACGCGGCACAUCGCGUUGAAAUUCGCCUACCUGGGCUCUCGGUACAACGGCUACGAGCACGCGAACGGCAACGUCAUGCCCAAGCCCACGAUCGAGGAAGUGUUAUGGAAAGCACUGCGCAAGGCGCGGUUGAUCAGUCCCAGUAUCCCAGACGGCGCGGAUGACAGCAUGGAAGUUCUCUGGCCCGCACAGGCGAGGAUGCGGCGAUACACGAGAGGGGACAAGCCAGAAGACUAUGAGAACGAGAAGGUCCGAUUGGAUCUAGUCUGGGAUGGGUGCCAGUACAGCAAGUGCGGACGGACCGACAAAGGGGUCAGCGCGUUCGGACAGGUUAUCGGUGUGAGGGUCCGGAGUAACAGGUCUAUCACACCGACAACCAAAGCAGCCUCAUCGACGGAGGAGGAGGUAGAGCAGGGCGGACACGGCGGGCAGAGAGAUGAAGAGGAGAUUGUGCAAGGAGAAGAAGAAGGAGAAAUGCCUGCCAUUGACGCUGAGGACCUGGAGGCGGAAAGCUACGCGAAACCAUUUGAUCCGGUCAAAGACGAACUGCCAUACGUGUCUAUCCUGAACGCCAUACUCCCGCCAGACAUUCGAGUAUUAGCAUGGUGUCCGAACCCGCCGCCGACGUUUGACGCGCGCUUCUCCUGCCGUGAGCGCCGGUACAAGUACUUCUUCACUAACCCUGCGUUCUGUCCGACACCAGGAGCGCCCGGGUUGAAAGGCUCGGAAGGCAUGCGGGAAGGGUGGCUUGACAUUGACAAGAUGCGGCAGGCGGCGAAGAAGUUGGAGGGACACCAUGAUUUUAGAAAUCUCUGCAAAAUCGAUCCGAGUAAGCAGAUGCCCAGCUGUGAGAGGAGGAUCACGUUCGCCGAUGUCGUCGAGUUCGGGGACGUCGGCAGGGUGUUUGGUGACGAUGCGCUAAACCAACAAGGGUCGAAGUCGCUUGUUGAUUCGCUGCUGGGGAGCAAGACGGUAGCCAUGAACGGUGGCCCGAAAGUGUAUACCUUCUGCGUUCAUGGGACGGCGUUCCUGUGGCAUCAGGUGCGGUGUAUGGUGGCGAUGUUAUUCCUUGUGGGCCAAGGCUUGGAGGAGCCAAGUCUUAUUGAUGAAUUGCUUGACGUGGAAAAGAACCCGAGAAGACCUAUGUACGAGAUGGCGGACGAUGCGCCUUUGGUUUUGUGGGAUUGUAUUUUUCCGGAUGACGACAAGGAUAUGGUCGACUCGUUGAACUGGCUUUAUGCCGGCGAUGAGGCGACACUAACCACGUUGUCGACCAAGGGUGAUGGGAAGUUUGGUCCUGGUGGCGUCGUGAAUGAGCUGUGGAGCGUAUGGCGAGAGGCUAAGAUGAAAGAGAUCCUGGCGGGGAGUCUGCUUGAUUUGGCCAUUGGUCAGGGAGACGGCAGUGCGCUCCAGGGAGGCUCGCAAAGGGAUCCGAAGCGUCCACCGGCCCGCAGUCAGAAGGUGUUCCAGGGCGCCGACAAUGCGAGGAUCCGUGGACGGUAUAUACCUGUGAUGGAGAAGCCCAAGAUGGAUCCGUUGCAUCAGCUCAAUGCGAAGUGGGCGAAUGGGAGGCAAGCAAGGCGCGAUGCUAAUUCCAGGGGCCUAGAAGACGGUGGUGGGGAUUGAAGACGGCGUUCCUGCGGGCUCAAUGGAUGCCAGAAUAUAAGCAUUUACGAGCCCCUCGCCAGACUUCUUCGAGAAUCUCGCGUCGUGGCAGGAGCGUCUGUGGACGGGUGUCAGUGAUACCGCCUCGAAAGAUAUUUGCGAUAUAACUCACCGGGAAAACUACUACCACUUCCGUACCUCCUUCCACGAUGACCGCCAGGUAGAAUCUGACUCCAAGGCCUUUGAACGCUUCGUG